UCUACAGCAACAUUAUAUAGUAGAGAGUAGUAAAAUGAAAUACCUUUGGGUGUUCUUAUUGGCCACUGCAGUAUCAGGCCUAUUCCGAGAGAAACUUUUCCAAAGUAUAAUCGAAGACCAUGCCAAUAAAAAUUAUAUUGUAUCGCCCCUGUGCGUCGAGAUUGGUAUGAGCAUGAUUCUUAUGGGAGCGAAAGGAAAAACCGCCGAUGAACUAAAGUCAGCUCUGAACCUUCCUGAGGAUAAGAAGGAAGUGGCCAGAACAUACGAUAAGCUUCUUAGUAAUUUCAAACAUGGUAGAAUGCUUUAUCUGGUAAAUCGGUUAUAUGUCAACGAACCGUAUCGAAUUAGUAAGGAUUACAACAAGUUGGUGAGUAAAUCCUUUAGGGCCGAGGCAGAGGCUAUCAAUCUUGCCGACGCAGCAAAGGCAGCCUGGAGUAUCAGCAAUUGGGUCCUUUAUCAGACACUCGAUCAUGUAAAAGCUAUAAUUACACCAAGUAACGUGGCACCCGAUGAAAGUGCGGUACUAGUUAACGCCGCUUUCAUCAAAGGCUACUGGAAGACUGGGUUUAGAAGAACCCGUACGACACUGAGUAAAUUCAUUCUACCAAAUUUCAAGACAGUUAAUGUCCGGAUGAUGUCUCAAGUGGGUAAAUUCAGGAUGAGCGAAUUUUUGUAUGGCCAAGUCCUUGAACUGCCGUUCGACAACUCAAACCUUUCCAUGAUAAUCGGUCUACCGGCGCAUACUUUACAUCUAAGGCUAAUGGAAAUGAAGAUCAAAAAGUUUGCCGAGACCCUAAAAGAAAUGGAUGUACAUAUUCAGUUGCCAAAGUUUGGUAUCGAAUUUCGCACAGAUCUCGUUGACAUUCUUAAAAAGAUGGGCAUAAAUGAUCUCUUCACCAAUUCCUCGGACCUCAGCGGUCUACUAGAGGGCACAGGUGUCAGAGUCAGCAAGGUCAUACAAAAAGCCUUUAUAGAGAUCGACGAAGGCGGCGCCUCGACGGAAGCGGCGGAAGAGGUUUUCACUAAAAAGAGAAAGGGAAUGCAUUCUUUCAAUGCCAACCAUCCGUUUGUCUUCUUAAUUCGUGAUACGAACACCGUAUACUUCCGUGGACGUGUCGUUGAGAUUAACGAUACAAUGAGUUUAUAAAUGUAUAUUAUAAGCUUUUGUGGGACCAUCAAAAUAAAUUUUUUAUACGAGUAUUCUUGGAUAUACAAACUACAAAUUACAAAAAAAGAAAGGAAGUUAACUUCGGCAGGCCGAGGUUUGUAUAC